AAACACUCGCCUGCUCUGCACACACACCACACACACAGACACACUGACACACCCACACACUAGUUGUAUGUGCUAGAGCUGCAGUUGGCUUGGCAUCAGAGGCCAUGAAACUGAAACAGGAGCAAGCAGACGACGACUGCAGCAAGAUGCAGGGAGGUCGUGGCCUGAUGAGCAGCCUUGAGCUCAGGCUGGGCAUGUCUUCAGACAAUGGCGACGCCAGCUGCGGCGGUGAUCCGUGGCUUGGCGUUGGAGUGCACCCCUGGAGCCUUGCCUCCAGACAAGCAGAGAAGGUAGCCCUGGAGCAAGACCACCAGCAGCGUUCUCCGCCGCAGCCGGUGGGAUGGCCACCGGUGGGCGCGUUCCGCAGGAGCCACCUGCAGGUUUCUUCGAAGACCGUGGAGGAACCGGCGGGCAAGGUGAAGUCCGGCGGCGAGAGGCUGGCGCCGGCGGCCACCAUGUUCGUGAAGGUGAACAUGGAGGGCUGCGCCGUCGGGAGGAAGGUGGACCUGCUGGCGCACCGCGGGUACGCGUCGCUGUCGCGCGCGCUGCAGGCCAUGUUCCGUGGCUUCCUGUCAGAUGGUCAGUGGAGGAUCGUUGGCAGUGAGGACGACGCCGACGACGACAACGAGCAGCAGCCGGAGCCGACGAAGAAGGGGGGCAGUAAGAGCAACAAGAAGGCGUACAUUCUUCUGUACGAGGACAACGAGGGCGACCGGAUGCUCGUCGGCGACGUGCCGUGGGAGCUGUUCAUGGCUUCGGUGAAGAGGCUCUACAUCGCACAGGACCCAAGGAAGACGAAGAAUUAGCUAAUUAAGCUAGUUAGGGCCUGGCUAGGAGAAACGUUGCUGGCUGCCUUAUUAUUUCUACAAAUAGCUCCAAGUCGAAGCAGAUAGCUAAGCUAGCACUCCCUUCUUCGAUCCUGUAAUCCUGUCGAGCAUCAGUUCAUAUACAGCGCGUGUAGUCGGCAUCUCUAGUCCAAUAUUAAUAUAUAGGAAAUUUUGCCUUGGA